UACCAGCCAGAACACCAUGGGCAGCGUCUGUGUGCGGCUCUGGGCAUACCUGCAGCCUUUUCUCCCCUGCUGGUCCCAAGAGGCAGACAAGUCAGUGGUGAUUGAGAAUCCAGGGGCCUACUGUCCCCCAGAGGCUCCCAGAUCACAAGAGCCCGAGAGAAGCCAUGGCCAGUAUUUUGUGGCUCUGUUUGAUUACCAAGCUCGUACUGCAGAAGACCUGAGCUUCCGUGCCGGCGACAAACUCCAAGUCUUGGACACUUCGCAUGAGGGCUGGUGGUUGGCCAGGCAUUUGGAGAAGAAGGGAUCUGGCUUAGGUCAGCAGCUGCAGGGCUACAUUCCUUCCAAUUAUGUGGCGGAGGACCGGAGUCUCCAGGCAGAGCCGUGGUUUUUUGGAGCAAUCAAAAGAGCAGAUGCAGAAAAGCAACUUCUGUAUUCAGAAAACCAGACGGGUGCCUUUCUAAUCAGAGAGAGUGAGAGCCAGAAGGGCGACUUCUCCCUCUCAGUUUUAGAUGAAGAUGUUGUGAAGCACUACAGAAUAAGAAGAUUGGAUGAAGGUGGCUUCUUCCUCACUAGGAGGAAAGUCUUUUCAACCCUGAAUGAAUUUGUGAGCUACUAUACCACAACAAGUGAUGGGCUGUGUGUCAAGUUGGAGAAGCCAUGCUUAAAGAUCCAGGUACCAACCCCUUUUGAUUUGUCAUAUAAAACUGCAGACCAGUGGGAGAUAGACCGGAACUCCAUACAGCUUCUGAAGCGACUGGGAUCCGGUCAGUUUGGAGAAGUUUGGGAAGGUCUGUGGAAUAAUACUACUCCAGUAGCUGUAAAAACAUUAAAACCAGGUUCAAUGGAUCCAAAUGACUUCCUGAGGGAGGCACAGAUAAUGAAGAGCCUCAGACACCCAAAGCUCAUCCAGCUUUAUGCUGUUUGCACUUUAGAAGAUCCAAUUUAUAUUAUUACAGAGUUGAUGAGACAUGGAAGUCUGCAAGAAUAUCUCCAAAAUGAUGGUGGGUCAAAAAUCCAUUUGAUUCAACAGGUAGACAUGGCAGCACAGGUGGCUUCUGGAAUGGCCUAUCUGGAGUCUCAGAACUAUAUCCACAGAGAUCUGGCUGCAAGAAAUGUCCUUGUUGGUGAACAUAAUAUCUACAAAGUAGCAGAUUUUGGACUUGCAAGAGUUUUUAAGGUGGAUAAUGAAGACAUCUAUGAAUCUAAACACGAAAUAAAGCUGCCAGUGAAGUGGACUGCACCAGAAGCAAUUCGUACUAAUAAAUUCAGCAUUAAGUCUGAUGUGUGGUCUUUUGGAAUCCUGCUCUAUGAAAUCAUUACUUACGGCAAAAUGCCUUACAGCGGUAAAACAGGUCCUCAAGUAAUCCAGAUGUUGAGUCAAAACUACAGACUACCACAGCCACCUAACUGCCCACAGCAGUUCUACAGCAUCAUGCUGGAGUGCUGGAAUGCUGAGCCUAAGCAACGGCCAACAUUUGAGUCCCUGCAUUGCAAACUUGAAGACUACUUUGAAGAAGACUGUUCCUAUUCAGAUACAAAUAACUUCAUAAACUAG